AUAUUCCCGCACAAAACGGGUUUUUAUUAUAUAUUUCAACUUCAAAACUGAACUUGUCUAUGUACCACUCUCUGUUCUCUUCAAUUCACCUACAUUUUGUUUUAUCAUUGAUUGUUGUUCAUAAUCAUCGUAUCGAACUAUCAUGGCUGAUGAUGAGGUGAAAAAAGAACAUAUAAACGCUAUUGUGAAUGAAAUUAAGAAGGAUGAGCAUGUAAAGGUAGAAACUGCAGCUGCAGUGGCCGAAGAGGCUAAAGAUCAGGAAAAGAAAGAAGAGAAGAAGGCGGAAGAGAAGGAAGUGAAGGAGAAGGAAGAAGAGAAGAAGGCGGAGGAAGAGAAGAAGAAUGAAGCUACUAAGGAACCAAAAAAGGAACAGAAGAAGAUGAAAGCAAUUCAAUACAGUUCAUACGGUGGAGGUGCAAGUGCAUUGAAGCAUGUUGAGAUUCCAGUCCCUAUUCCAAAGAAGGACGAGGUUUUGAUAAAAACACUUGCAGUAUCAAUCAAUCCAGUUGAUUUGAAAGUGCAAAGCGGUUUGUUUAGGCCACUUUACCCAAAGGCAUUUCCCUGUGUACCUUCAAGUGAUAUAGCAGGAGAGGUUGUUGAAGUUGGAUUUGAGGUGAAAAACUUUAAAGCUGGCGACAAAGUAGUGGCAAUGCUUAACGCCUUUGUUGGAGGUGGACUAGCUGAAUAUGUUGUCGCUAAGGAAAGCAUGACAGUUCAGAGGCCGCCUGAAAUGACACCAGCUGAAGCCGCUGGCUUACCUGUUGCAGGACUUGCAGCUUACCAGGCACUGACUGUACAUGCUGGAAUCAAGCUCGAUGGAAGUGCUUCAGAGACAAAUAUUCUUGUCACAGCUGCUUCAGGAGGUGUUGGUCUCUUUGCAGUUCAGUUAGCAAAACUAGGAAACAUACACGUGACAGCUACUUGUGGUGCUCGGAACAUAGAAUUGGUCAAGAGUCUAGGCGCAGAUGAGGUUCUUGAUUAUAAAACACCAGAAGGGGCAGCUUUAAAGAGCCCAUCAGGCAAGAAAUACAAUGCCAUAAUCCAGUGUGCUCCACCAAUUCCCUGGUCGACUUUUGCAUCCAAUUUGACUUCUCACGGGAAGGUAAUUGAAUUGACUCCUGGACCCAAGGCAUAUUGGGCUUAUGCUGUGAAGAAAGUUACCUUCUCUAAGAAACAGCUGGUGCCAAUGUUUGUCGCUCCCAAACUUGAUCAUUUUGCUUUUCUUGUUAAGACGAUGAAGGAAGGGAAGCUUAAGACAGUGAUUGACUCAAGAUUUCCCUUUAGCAAAACAGAAGAAGCCUGGGCUAAGAGUGCUGAAGGUCAUGCCACUGGAAAAAUAAUCGUUGAAUUUGAAUAAAAAGAGUUUUAAUAUAACUGUUCAUGAGUAAUGUGAUAAGAGUAGUUGCAAAACUUAGUGAAUCAUUUGAUAUGGAAACUCCCAUUUCUAUAUUUAUUGUAGAUAGUGGCUAAAGUUGAAGAAUGUGGUUACAAAUGUUGAUUUCAUACGGAAAUGCAUGUUAAUUCUUAGU